AUGGGGCUCAUGAAAUGCCUAAACAUUAGUUUUCUCUCUAGAACGAUCAGAAGACAUAAUCAACUGAGUUUGUGUUUACUACUGAUAGGAUAUGUUGUUGUUUUACAUCUAGUUAAAACAAUUGUAACUAAAGGUUCAGAUCGAUCUGAUGAAACGAUCAACAUCCGAUCUAUAACUAUCAAACCAGGCCUCAAAGAAAUGAUUAAUGCCACAGAGGAAUAUUUCCCCUACAAUGCAGCUUAUCUCCUUGAAAACAAGUAUCUUUGUUCUUCAUCAGAAACUGUCGAUGUCGUAAUAAUGGUUUACACUGCAACUGGAAAUUUUGACAGACGCAACAUUAUGCGACAGACAUGGUUAAAUAGAACUCUUAUAUCAAGUCUGGGAGAAGCAAGAUUUAUUUUUCUUUUGGGAACAGUAAACGAUAUGGCAAUACAAUCAGAAAUUGACAAAGAAUUUAAACAGCAUGCGGAUAUUUUACAGGGAGACUUCUUGGAUACUUACGCCAACUUGACAUUAAAGGGGGUCAUGGGACUCAAAUGGUUAUCAGAAAAUUGCAAAAAUGCAAAACUCUUAAUAAAAGCUGACGAUGAUAUUGUCAUAAACAUUUACAGAUUUUUUGAAGAAGUAGUUCCUCAAAUGUUAUUACGAGAGCAACAAGUUUUUUGUUGGCGAAGUGCAAGAAGUAUUAUAUUCCGAGGAGUUAAACACAAGUCUUAUUUGCCAAAGAAUUAUUUUUAUGGACAACAUUCAUAUCCGUUGUAUUGUAAAGGACCAUUUGUGUUCUUAACGUUUGAUCUUGUGCCACUAAUACUUAAGUCGGCAUCAAUUACCCCAUUUCUUUGGUUGGAGGAUGUUUACUUAUACGGGCUUGUUAUGCAAAACAUACCUGGCAUUAGUUACAAACAAUUCAGAAAAGGUGUAGAUUUCCAUUUAGAUAUAGGAGAUGUAAUGGAAUGCUUCAGUAGGACAGAAUGUGAAAUGUUUGUUGCUGGGGUAUCAAAAGUUGAUGAAAUGAUGCCUGUUUGGACGGCAAUGUUAAAACAAAGCCACCGGCACUAA